AUGUCCGGACCCGAAGUUCACCACCUAUUCCACCAUCCCAUUGCCGACCAUUCCUUCUCCUCCGACCGUCAGACCCUCGCAGUCGCCCGAGACAGCAACGUCGAACUGUACCACCGGUCUGGCCCCAAGUUCGCACUGAAAGAUGAGCUCAAGGGCCACGACAAGACCGUCACCGGGGUGGACAUUGCGCCCAACAGCGGCAUGAUUGUGACUUGUUCUCAAGACCGAAAUGCCUACGUAUGGGAACCCUCGCCGACGGGCUGGAAACCGACGCUGGUGCUCCUCCGGAUCAACCGCGCGGCGACAUUCGUGCGGUGGUCGCCGUCGGAGAAGAAAUUCGCCGUCGGGUCCGGCGCGCGGGUGAUUGCAGUGUGCUACUUUGAAGAAGAAAACGACUGGUGGGUGUCGAAGCACCUGAAGAAGCCGAUCCGCAGCACGAUCACAACCGUGGCCUGGCAUCCGAACUCGGUCCUGCUGGCCGCGGGGUCGACGGACUCGCACGCCCGCGUCUUCUCGGGCUUCAUCAAGGGCAUCGACGACCGGCCGGAGCCCAGCGUCUGGGGCGAGCGGCUGCCCUUCAACACCGUGUGCGGCGAAUACCUCAACGACUCGGCCGGCUGGGUCCACGCCGUGUCGUUCUCGCCGAGCGGCGACGCCCUGGCCUUCGCCGCCCACGACAGCAGCAUCACUGUCGUCUACCCGGCCGGCCCGGACCAGCCGCCGCGCGCCAUGGUCAACAUCUCCGUCCAGACCCUGCCGUUCACCAGCUUGAUCUGGUCCGGCGAGGCCGAGAUCAUUGCCGCCGGUUACGACUGCGAGCCUUUCCGCUUCCGUGGCGGUGAGGCUGGUUGGGAACUCGCUGGGAGUGUCGAGACGAAACAUCGCCCCGGCCUGGCCGCCGCCAGGGAAGAGUCCGCCUUGCAUAUGUUCCGCCAGAUGGAUCUCAAGGGCAAAGUCAAGGACGAUACACAGCUCAAUACUACCCAUCAGAACACUGUCAAUACCGUCCGUGUCUAUGAACAGGCCGGUGGCGCUGUGAAGAAAUUCAGCACUAGCGGCGUGGAUGGCAGAGUUGUCGUCUGGUCGCUAUAG